AUGGAGAAUCCUAUGACACAGGAGAAAUCAGAACCCGCACCUCUCGACCCAGCACAUAUCCCGAAUGACUCGUCCGACUCGUCCAAUGAUAAAUAUCUACAUGGUCUUUCUCUCGUAUUUAUGACGCUGUCUUUGAUGGCCGGAGUCUUCACGUUGGCAUUGGACAAUUGCAUCAUUGCCACGGCAAUACCUAAGUUAACCAGUGACUUCGAUAGUCUUGGCGAUGUAGCAUGGUAUGGCUCCGUCUAUCUGCUCGCCCAGAUGUCCUUCCAACCAACUUUCGGCAAGCUUUACACCUUCUUCAACCUCAAAUGGGUCUACCUCGGCGCCUUGGCCCUCUUCGAAGCAGGAUCCGUCAUUUGCGCAGCUGCGCCAAACUCGCCAUCCUUCAUUGCGGGCAGAGCCGUAGCCGGACUGGGCGCGGCAGGGCUCUUCUGCGGCGGUUUGAUCAUCAUGACACAGAUCGUCGAGAUGCGGAAGCGGCCGCUGUUGCUAAGUAUUGUGACGAGCAUGUACGGCGUUGCUUCCGUUGUCGGACCAGCUCUUGGGGGUGUCUUCACCAAUUCGGCGCGGCUGACUUGGAGGUUUUCAUUAGGCGGUAUUGUAGGCCUCGCUCUUUGUUUUUACUACCCAGCAUCAUUUGGUGACGUCCCUGGUAAGACUCAACCGUUACGAAAAAAGCUGGCGAGGCUCGGGUUCAAAAGUGCCCUGAUCCUCACUGCCACUCUCGUAUGUCUGUUUCUUGCUCUCCAGUGGGGCGGCGCUGUUCAUCCCUGGUCCGACUCCCGAGUAUGGGGCUGCUUCCUGGGGUUCGCGCUAUUGUUGAUCCUCUUCGGAUAUAUCCAACAUCUACAAAAAGACGAAGCCCUUAUUCCAUUGCGGAUUCUCUCGCAGCGCACUGUCUUCCUCAGUUGCGCCUUUUCCUGCCUGUUGCAGGGUGGGUUAAUGAGCCAAUCAUACAACCUACCCUUCUACUUCCAAGCUGUGAAAGGUACGAACGCUCAGGCAUCAGGGAUCGAUAUCCUACCUUAUGGCAUCACCAACUCCGUCGCCACGGUCAUCGCCGGUUCUCUCAUGACGCUGACUGGAUUCUACGUCCCCUUUAUGUGGCUUGGGUCAGCCAUCUCGGUGACUGGCAGUGGACUUCUUUACACACUCUCCGCUUCGAGCCCGCUCGGUCAAUGGUUUGGGUAUCAGGUACUCGCGGGUGUGGGAUGCGGAAUGUCGAUCCAAGUUCCAAUCCUUGCCAUCCAGGUGGUGUUGAGCACUGUCGAUAUCCCCCUAGGAACUACACUGGUGAUCCUGGCUCAGUGCUUUGGCGGUGCCAUCGGCCUUGCCAUUGCCCAGAAUGUGUUCCAGAAUUCAUUGUUCGAGCGACUACAUGAGAUCCAGGGUAUCGACGUGCUAAGUGUAGUGGCCACUGGUGGAGUGGAUCUACAAGAUAUCGUACCCGCCAAGCUACUAGACGCCGUCCGAGACGCGUUCAAUGGAGCAGUGGCCAAUGCGUUCCUAGUUGCCGUGGGCGUUGGUGGUGGCGCGUUUCUAGUUAGUCUUGGGGUGGAGAGAAGACGGAUUCAAACUCGCACCACGGUACAGGGUAGCUAG